AUGCUGGAAGCUAUCCUAACGCUCGCUGCUGCUAGCAGCACCCAUGCCCUGUUUCUUGCCGUCCAAAAUAUGAACUAUGGAUCUGGUCUCGGAAAUGCGGUAUUCUCAUCGCCGUACUGCCAGGUUGGCAAGGGCAAUACCGCCGCAGAGGCCCUUUCAAAAGCCAGUGAUACCGUACAUGGCACACUGAUUAUUGCCGGAGGUCACUGCGACCAGCUGCCAUACAAGCACACAAACCAACUUGGUGGAUUUUGGGAUGACUAUGGUACAGUCAAUUACGAAGAUAACAACUGGCAUUGGUACUGCAAUCCUGGUAGUGGAAACAAAGGUGUAUGCGAUUCCGGGAACGGAGCUCCAAAGAAGAAGAGAGAAGUCGAGUUUGCUGCCUAG